GCCUCCACCGCAUCUUUCUGUGCCGCCAGCCAUGGAGACCGGCUCAACAUUUUGCCCAAAGUGGCACGGUGCGCUUUUGCUUUUGAUGAUGCUCAGUUUUCUCCAUGCCGCCAAAGCUGAAAUAACUUGCAGGUCGUGCCAGCCUGGAAAUAAGUGGCGCGCACAGGAAUUACUGUUGAAUUUCGACAUGAGUGAAUCCUUGGCGGGGUUGAAGAAAGAAGUUUUUGGACGCGGAGACGGGGCAGCAGGGAGAGCCGGGGCUGCAGGUGGAGAAAGUCGGCGGCUCCGUUGCGCGGCGGGGUCCGCUGACUGCGCUCCGGAUGAGGCGGAAAACGCGGGGCCAGGGCUGCGACGGAAUACACGCAGCCUGCGCGCAAAAGGUGACAUUGGUGAGGGAGAGUUUGCGAAGACUAAAGUUUCGUAUGUGAAAAUGAGUGGCCAGCAGAGGACCAGCGAUGGUGCCGGCGUUACCUCUGCCGUCACACACAAAAAGCGCACCAGAAGGAACAGUGCUGAUGAUGAAGCCAGAUUCCCCCGGUCAGCCCAAAGUCAGGACGCGGGAGAGGGCACCGGUCCGGCGGCUGCACGCAGAGUGACGCGCUCUGAAGUGCGCUGGAGCGGAGAGGAGCGGAGAGCCGGGGGUCCGAGGCAAGAGGAGCUAAAACUUAACAGUACCACGUUCGCCUUGACCGGGGAUCCAUCUCACAAUCAGGCUAUGGUGCACUGGUCCGGCCAGAACAGCAGUGUGAUUUUGAUGCUGACCAAACUAUUUGACUUCAACCUCAACAGUGUGACUGAGAGUUCACUAUGGAGGUCAACCGACUAUGGAGCAACGUACCAGAAGCUGAAUGACAAAGUCGGCGCAAAGACAAUACUAAGUUACUUGUAUGUGAGCCCGAACAACAAGAGAAAGAUCAUGCUGCUCACUGAUCCGGAUGUGGAGAGCAGUCUCCUGAUCAGCUCUGACGAAGGAGCAACCUACCAGAAGUACCGACUCAACUUUUACAUCCUCAGCCUGCUCUUCCAUCCUGAGCAGGAGGACUGGAUUCUUGCCUACAGCCACGACCAAAAGCUCUACAGCUCAGUGGAGUUUGGGAGGAGGUGGCAACUGGUGCAUGAGAGAGUGGCUCCGAAUCGCUUCUACUGGUCGAAAAUGGGUCUGGACAAAGAGCCGGGCCUAAUUCACCUGGAAACCAGCAUCUCUGAAGGACAGGCACUGUAUGUCACCUGCAAGCUGCAGAACUGCACAGAUGCCAACAAGGGCAAACCAUUCCCGGGCUACAUUGACCCCAAUUCUCUGGUGGUGCAAGAUGAGUAUGUGUUUGUCCAGGUAUCAACUGCGGGGAGGCCAAUCUACUACGUGUCUGCUAAAAGAGACGUCUUCACUCCGAUGAAGCUGCCCAAGUACACCCUACCCAAGGACCUGCAUGUGAUCAGUACGGAUGAGAACCGUGUGGUGGCAGCCGUACAGGAGUGGAACCAGAACGAAACCUACAACCUGUAUGUGUCAGACACAUCAGGGGUCUACUACACUCUGGCUCUGGAGAACGUGGUCAGCAGCAUGGGCCCCGAGGGCAACGUCAUGGUCGAUCUAUAUGAGCCGUACUGUUCGCUACAUCUCCAUCUUCAAGUUUCUGCAAAUCCCUACACAUCUGGAAACAUAGCUAGCAGGGAGUCGACGCCGGGGAUCAUUGUCGCAUCAGGCUCAUUUGGCUCAGAGCUGACUGCCAGCAAUGUCAGUGUGUACAUCACCUCGGAUGCAGGAAACACGUGGAGACAGAUCUUCGAUGAGGAAUAUGCAGUGCUCUAUCUUGACCAGGGGGGCGCCUUGGUUGCAAUAAGACACACUCCACUUCCCAUCCGACACCUAUGGUUGAGCUUUGACGAAGGACGGCAGUGGAACAAGUACAGCUUCACUAACACGCCCCUGUUUGUGGACGGGGUGCUGGGGGAGCCUGGGGAAGAGACUCUCAUCAUGACGAUCUUCGGCCACGUCAGUCAUCGCUCCGAGUGGCAGCUGGUGAAAAUCGACUUCAGGUCCAUCUUCAACAGGAGAUGCACAGAGGCGGAUUAUCAGACGUGGCACCUCCACAACCAGGGUGAGCCGUGCCUCAUGGGAGUGAAAAGAAUCUACCGGAAACUAAAGCCCACGUCCAGGUGUGUUAUGGGAAAGACGUACUCGGUGUCAAUGACGUCGGGCCUGUGCGAAUGCACAGAGGCUGACUUUGAGUGUGAUUAUGGCUAUGAGAGACGGACCAAUGGAAAUUGCAGCCCCGCCUUUUGGUUCCAUCCAUCAUCGAUGUCCAGGAGCUGCACAACGGGGAUGACUUUCCUUAACAGCACUGGCUACAGGAAAGUGGUCUCUAAUAACUGUACAGCUGGAGUCAGUGUGGAGUACACAGCCAGGAGGCGGCAGUGUCCCAUCCAAGCACCCAAAGGUCUCCACCUGGUCACCAGCGAGGGCACACUGACAGCCACGUUAGGCACCAAUGUCACCUUCCUCAUUUUUCUGGAGGAGGGUGACGGAGCGAGGACAAGCAUCACCCUGGACUUCGGAGAUGGCCACGCUCUGACGUACUCCAAUGUGAGCUCCAUUGAGGAUGGCAUCAAACACAUCUACAGGGCUGUGGGAAUCUACCGGGUGAUCGCCACUGGAGAGAACAAUCUGGGUUCAGAGACCGCCAUGCUGUACCUGCAUGUAACAUGUCAGCUGGAGUAUAUCCAUCUCUCAGCUCCCUUUGUGGCGGUGAAGAAUAAGGAAGUGAAUCUGACUGCUGUUCUGUGGCCCAGCCAAGUGGGAACGGUCACCUACAUCUGGUGGAUCGGAAAUAACACAGAGCCAGUUAUCACCCUAGAGGGAAGUGUAGCAUGCAUGUUCUCCAGGGAAGGCAUCAACACAGUCACCGUGCAGGUGUCUGCAGGGAAUUCUAUUCUGCAGGACAGAAAAACCAUCGCUGUCCACGAAUAUUUCCGAUCUCAUCUGCUCGCCUUUUCAUCAAACCUUGAUGACCACAACCCCGAUGUCGCCGAAUGGAGGCUGGACGUGAGCCGAGUCAUCAAGAACUCUCUGAUCCAGGCCACAGGCAUGAGAGAGGACAAUCUCCUGGUCGCCGUCCUCCCAGGUUUACCAACCGCAGCAGAGUUCUUCCUCCUGCCUGACAAACAGUCAACUGAGGGGAAGCCAGAGAAGACUGCUGCUCAUUUAGAUCAGCUCUCGGAGGUUUUGCUGAGCGCCUUGAACCAGAACCUUGUCCAGUUCACGCUGCGGCCGGGGGUCCAAGUCACUGUGUACACAGCACAUCUAUCAGCAGCGCCCCUAGUGGACACCAGCGAGAACCACAGCGGCUCUGCCAUGCUAAUGCUGCUCUCCGUGGUGGUUGUGGGUUUAGCCGUGUUUGUCAUCUACAAAUUCAAGAGGAAGAUCCCAGGCCUCAACGUCUAUGCGCAGAUGCAGAAUGAAAAAGAGCAAGAAAUGAUGAGUCCAGCUAAUCCAACAGAGGCCCCGCCCGGCUCACAGCGGGACUUGGUGCAUUCUUUGGAGAUUCUGGACACAGAGUUGAACUCACGGCCCAUCGGAUGUAUGAAACCUCAUGUACAUGUGAAAUUCUCCACAGAGCUCCCCACAUACAUCGUCUGAACUCUGGACUGGAUGACCACUCCAGAUGUGUCAUGGAUUUUUUUUAAUUUUCUAUUUUUAUUUUACCAUUUGGGACGCAAUGGUUUUGAGCUUUAUACAUACCUGUGCAUUUUGGACCCUGCUGACACAUACUGUGCUCUGUUCAAACCAGAAGAAUCUGUGUACAGGUUUUUCUUUUUAUUUAUAUAUUUCCUUUAACAAUAUGUCUGACCCAUGAAACUUUUUAAAAAUGAGAUUUAUUUAUAAGAGUCGGAUACAUAAUCCAGAGAGAGCGGCAGCAUGAACCAGUGAGGGGAAAAUAAAAUAAGCAACAAUGUUUUGACUUUGCUUAUCCGAGAUUGGUAUGCUGUUCUAUGAAGCUAACAGCAGUAGUGUAUAAUUUAUUCAUACAAAUAUACUUUUGUGAAAUAUGUUAUUAGAAGUGAACAAAACAUUUAUUUUGUAAAUCAUGAAUGUCUAUGUUAGAAAUGUGUGUAUUUUAAUAACAAAUGUCAUACUUAACAUAAAUACUGUUAUAAAAUAUGAAUAGGGUACUCUAAAGCUUCUGGUCCAUUGUCUCUUGGAAAGCUGAUUUAUGGCACAAUACACAUUUUCUACUGAAAUAAUUCUUUUUUUCAGAUUUUAAUUUCAAAACGCAAAUACAGGGUUUGGUUUUCUGGAUUAAUUUAAAAUUUGCUGUUUAUCUAAUGCUCCUGAUACUAUUUAUGAUAAAUGCCAGUUUGUAAAAAUGUUUUUGUGCUUCAAAAUAAGAAAAAGCUUCAUGGAAAUGGCGCUGAACUGCACCUUCCAUCCACGACUGAUCCCCUAAUACCACCAGACUGUAACCUUUAGGAAUGGAAGAAGAAAAGUGGCGGGAGUGAAUGUCCCCCAAAGAAAACUUUUCCAAAGUUGCAGUCAGCUGCCUUAUCAAGGCAAAGAUCUGAGGUGGCAGUUGGAAUGAGAUACAACUGCUUUGUGAGAGAAUCCAAAGACCACAGCAAAGACAGAGAGAAAGAGAGAGAGAGGUUAACAGAGAUGGAAGAGUGCUUUUGGGGGACGUGGUGCAUUAAGAAUGUUGUAUCAGACAGAAUAAGAAGAGGUCGACUUGUUGAAUACUUAAUGUGGCCAGUCAAGCUCAAGGCCGGCUAAGGUUGGUGACACAUUUAGGCUAAUGUCCUGACCCCCCCCUCUCGAGCUGCAGCCGUCUUCAUCCCAGCUCAUUAUAUGGAGCUGCAGGAGCAGGAGAAGUAGAGCGCAGAUGCUACCAGGCCACACAGAUGGUUAGCUUGUUCAGGGGACUGUCACGCCCUGUGGUACUUUGAGUGGGAAAUCUGACGGAUGUAAAAAGCCUGAUUGAUGCCUUUCAAAUCUUCUGAGGCUACAUUUCCAGAUUUGUUUUUCUCUAUUUCCUAUGAGGAGAUAUAGAAAAACUGAGCAAGUAUUGUUUAUGUCAAUUUUGGAUGAUAUUCUCUACAAUUGCUCAGUCGUGGCUGUGCAGAAAUUGCCCCAGUAUGUACACCUACACAAGAGAAGAGAAUGUAAGUAGAGACACACAGUGGCUGCUUUGCAUAGCAUUUGAUUUCUGCUCAAUAGCAAGGAACAGGAAAAUGAGGAUUAUUUUCUCUUGGCUUUUUAGAGAUCUGCCAAAAGAAAGUUUUGUCUUAAGCUGUUGUGGGAAAAAGAACGUCAUUAUUCUAAACUCUGGGAUGGAUUCCUAACAUAUACACAUAUGGAGCAAGCUAUAUGCCGUGUUAGAGUGUUGGCAAUGAUAGUUGAGAACACAGUUGCAGAGGAACUUCUUUUUAUUCCAGUGGGACUUCACCAAAGCGAACUCGCUGUGCAGACAGAAGAAGCGGUACAGAUGGUGGAUUGUGCCAAUUUCAGAGGCGUAUAUGAUGAAAAAAAUGCUGCUUUGUUGCUGUUGAUUCACAUGGAAGCAGUAAGACAGUGUGGAGAGGUAUCCUGACUGUGUCUUCACACACAGACGAAAAAGGCCUGAAUCUUGCAGGCCUUUUUGUGUUAAACAUUAUUAACUCACGUAUUGAGCUGCAGAUAGGCUUUUAUUUUACUGUUAUUACACCGGCAUGUGACAGAGCAGGUUGUUUCUUUUCACUUCCAGCAACCAUGUGAUUCAGUUUCACAGAAGGGAAAAGAAAAAGUAAUCGGAACCAGUGCAAGCAGAUUGUUUUCUCCUCAAAAACUGAAUUUUUGCGUAAACCUUUUCUUAACUUCCCCUGGGUGAGUUACUGGUUGCCUCUUGAGUUACGAGCAGCGGUGGGCAGUGAGCAUCAAGACGUCAAGAGUGCACCAGUGUGUGGGCUUGCAUAGAACCUUGUGUUUUGUACAGUACAUGACUUGCUGGUACGUGUUGCCCUGAAAGAAUGAGAUUCACCAGGAAACGCACUAUGAUCUGCUACAGCGAUUCAUAUCCUCCAGACGAAAGAAAGUGUUUAUAUUUCAAAGCUGCAUGCUGAGAAGAUUUUUGGUAACGAUCCAGUUUCCAUCUUCACAUUCAAUGUAGCUUUGUGUAUCCAUCUGAGGCGGCAGGACUUAAUUUGUGCUCAGGUAUGAGGUGGUUUAUCUCAUCCCAUUGCAUGGUAUAUAAGGGUGAUUUAACCUGCUCGUGGUUGGGUUUUUGUUGAUCAGUGAAAUGUCUCUGAAAUGUAGCAAUAUGAUUGGGUCCCCACACUUUUUUAGUUUUGUAAAGUGAGGAUAUAAAGUUGAAUAAUGGCAGGAUUUAGUUUAUGUUUCAGAUUUUUUUUUGUCUGGCUCUGGUUUUAACAGCUUGAGGGAUGACAUGCAGCACAGUAGCGUGUAACCACAGACCCAUGGAGCAAAGCAGCUGAGUGCUAAUCGUAACUUUAACCCCAGGGAGCAGGAAGUGACUACAGCCAGACAAGAUCAGGAGGACCAUCAUAAUAAAAGCAUCUCCGGCCUGGGAGUUUCACUGGGAGGAGGACAGAUCGAACAGGCAGGAAGUUCUGUGACAUGAUGCAUCUCUGACUUCCUGGCAUGGAUGAACUGCGAUGUGACAGCACCCUAGGGUGUGGGAAACAGCAUCAAGUAGUAGACUUGCUUUGAGCUACGCUCUCGUCCUCUCUCUUUCCCUCCUCUAUCUCCUCCUCCACGCAAGAUUAGCAAGAUUAUUAUUUUUGUAAAAAAUUAUGAAUAAUAAUAAAAAAAAGAGUUUUAUUACUGUACAGCUUUUGUAUGAGAACAGACGGUAAGGUGUUACAGUGUUUUUGUUUGACCUCAACUGUGCUGUGUGUAAUUGUUUUAUGCAUUUACAAUCAUAUUUAUUAAAUGGAAAGACGUCUGUUAACUGUGUUCUCAUUUUCUUACAAUAUUUGUAAAGAAAUACUAUGUA